AUGGAUGCGAUUCUUGCUCUUGAGGAGCUUCAGAUAACUUUCCCCAAUUCGGACUCGGAGAAAGAGGUUGUGAUGGAGGCGUUUAAGAACAUCAGCAGCGGUGGUUCGGUGUGGGUCGCUACUAAAGUGGCCAUUACUCUUGCCCUGGCAUUAAAGUACAAGCCGUUUGUGAUGCUCAGUUACAUGGAGGACCAACUCCGUAUUACGCCAGCACCACAGCUAAUGAAUAUCUAG